AUGGCGAUACAUCCAAAUUACGGGUCGUUUUCGACGCGUCAGCAAAGUCAUCGUCAGGGGUCUCUCUCAAUGAUAUUCUUUGUGUCGGGCCGAAAUUACAAAAAUGACAUAAGUGAACUCUUACUCACAUGCCGGUUAUACAAAUAUAUUUUCAUUGCCGACAUUGUUAAAAUGUACCGUCAGAUCAAGGUCCGUGAUGAAGACUGCGUGUUCCAACACAUCCUUUGGCGACAUUCCCCGGAACAGGAGAUCCAGGAGUACGAAUUAUUGACAGUUACAUAUGGUUUGAGUUCCGCUCCAUUCUUGGCCAUGCGUGUCUUACACGCUUUGGAUGCCUGCGUAGAACCACUAUUUUCCGCCGCUAAGGGCGUCUUAACUAAUCAUACUUACGUUGACGACAUUGUGGUAGGACGAAAUACGGAAGCGGAAUUGAGUCAGGUGCAAGAUCAUACAAUAGGACUACUUCGCUCAGCUGGUUGUAACCUGAAAAAGUGGUGUAGCAAUAGCUCCAGGAUUUUGGACUGCAUUCCGCCUGAAGACCGAGCUAAUUGUCCUUCCUUCGAACCUAAAGAUGAGCCAUCAUUGAAAGUACUCGGCCUACAUUGGGACCCCGUUACCGAUGCCUUUGGUUAUCACACGCACGUUGAAGACACGCCCAAUACAAAGCGAGGGGUAUUAUCUGCCAUUGCUAGAUUGUUCGACCCCAUUGGUGCUCUUGGUCCGAUGUUACUGUGGGCGAAAUCAUUCAUGCAACAACUUUGGCAGACACAAUUAGAGUGGGACACUCCGCUUCCUCUAUAUCUACAGACAGCGUGGCGUCAUUUCUUGGCAGAGUUGCCUUCGUUGGGCAACAUAGAAAUCGCUCGCCAUAUUGACACCAGAGGAUUUCAGGAUGUCCAACUAUUAGGGUUUUCCGACGCGUCGCAGAAGGGUUAUGCUGCUACGGUGUACCUCCGCGUUGUCGAUAGGACGGACAAGGUGUCCAUCUCCCUUGUGACAUGCAAGACCAAGGUCGCUCCUUUGAAAGGAAGUGAAAAGGACGAGUCUCUCACCAUACCUAGGUUAGAGUUAUGCGCAGCCCUUUUACUGGCUCAAAUGUUACAACGGCUCUACCUGAAAAUCACAUCUGUUGUUCCGGUUUCAAAAGUGCGUGCUUGGACAGACUCGUCUGUAGUGCUGUCAUGGCUCACUACCGACCAAAAGUUUUUUAAGAUUUUUGUUACCAACCGAGUAGCCAAGAUCCAUUCCCUACUUCCAGAUUGCGAUUGGUCUCAUGUGCCUACCACGGAUAACCCUGCUGACCCUUCAUCGCGUGGAUUAUUGCCUGACGACCUCGUGGCUUGCAGCUUGCAUUGGAAGGGUCCAUCGUUCAUACAGUGGCCGGAGGAAAGUUGGCCAGGACCACUCGUCAAAUCACUCAGUCCUCACCACUUACCUGAGGUGAAAACUAUGUCCGCGUGCGUGUUAGCUGUACGUGAAGCACCGAAUUUUGAUAACUUUUUACUUAGGUUUUCAUCGUGGUCUCGUCUUCAACGAGCAUUAGCAUAUGCGUUGCGCUUCAUAGAUCGAGUGAUUGUUAAGCGCCGAACCAACGCAGACGUUCUCACACCAGAUGAAUUGCAGCGUGCCUUACGACUGGCCGUUCGAGUUACCCAACGUACGCAUUUUCAAGAACUCCUAAAACAACUGGCCAAACACAACCACAUAGUAACCCCUCCGACUAUGGCUCAGUUAGCUCCUUUUCUGGAUCGUACUGGCUUAAUCCGAGUAGGUGGUCGACUGCAGCGAUCAAUGUUGACUGACGAUGCGAAACACCCGUAUCUACUUCCGAAAGAAUCUCAUGUCACAUCGUUGCUCAUCACUGCAUUUCACCGGAGAUUCUUACAUGCAGGACCGAAACUCAUCAUCGCUAUGCUACGUCAAGAAUUUUGGGUUGUAUCAUGUCGAGAGGCUGUCCGUCGUGUCAUUUUUAAGUGCGUCACGUGCACUCGACACAAAGCACUACAUCCAACACCUCGUAUGGGCAUACUCCCAGAAGCUCGCGUUCAUUCGGUUCGUGCGUUUUCUAGUAUCGGCACGGAUUAUGGAGGACCCUACAUCAUUAAAGAAUGUAAAAGACGAAACACUAAGACCACUAAGGUUUACAUAGCAUUAUUCGUAUGCAUGGCCACCAAAGCCAUACAUGUUGAAGUUGUGUCUGACUUGACGACUGAAGCGUUCCUCGCUGCCCUAGACCGUUUUAUUGCACGCCGGGGUGUACCAGCACAUGUGUAUUCUGAUUGCGGCACGAACUAUGUUGGCGCCGCCCGUCAAUUAAAACAUUUGUUUCGCAACAAGGACGUCCAGACUCAAGUAUCCGCACACGUCGCUUGUAACUGGCACUUUAAUCCACCAGCCACCCCGCAUUUUGGCGGUUUAUGGGAGGCGGGUAUUAAAAGCGUGAAAUUCCACUUGAAACGAGUUCUUGGCACUCAGGUGCUCACCUAUGAAGAACUUGAGACAUUGUGUGUUCGAAUCGAAGGAAUUCUCAACUCGCGGCCACUCACUCCAGUCUCGAUGGACCCUCACGAUUUCACCGCCCUGACACCCGGACAUUUCCUCAUCGGACAGCCACUCCUAGCAGUGCCGGAAGAGAACAUCACCGAGGUUCCAAUGAAUCGGCUCACACGUUGGCAGCUCCUUCGACAGCUGCAUCAGUCAUUCUGGAAACGCUGGGCCCAGGAAUACCUGAAUACGCUGCAGGGUCGUCAAAAAUGGACUGCCAUCCAGGACAACCUCAAGGUGAACGAUCUCGUGAUUGUUGAGGCUCCAAACCAACCCCCUUCUGUGUGGCGUAUGGGACGCAUAACAGCGGUCCACCCAGGUCCUGACGAGACGGUCCGCGUGGUCACGAUUAAGACGCAAGAUGGGGAAAUGAAGCGGCCAGUCGUCAAAGUGGUUAAGCUGCCAACCGAUAAUUAG